AUGGAAGACCUUGGCAGCGACGUCGACAACGCUGAGCACGACGAAGAGUUCUUCAGCGAUAUUGUGUCCUGCCUCGAACGCUACAGCGAAGGGGACAUGUCUGCCCUCGAAGACAUUGAGCUUGAUCUCGAGGGCACGCCGCCCUUCUUCCGCGCCGCCUGGGAUGCCUGCCGAACGAUUCCGCCCGGGGAGACGCGCAGCUACCGCUGGCUGGCGGCCGAGGCGGGCAGUCCGCAGGCCAUGCGGGCCGCCGGUCAGGCCAUGGCCCGCAAUCGUUUCUCGCUGAUAAUUCCCUGCCACCGCGUCAUUUCCAGCGACGGCGGUCUCGGCGGAUACGGCGGUGGGGGACUGGGCGUGAAAGCCCGCCUGCUCCAGAUGGAACUGGACCGGGCUACUUCAGAGGGAGUGCCCUGA